AUGCCUGCGACAACAGUGCAUUUCGAUGUCAUCCUGUUUGACAUGGAUGGCACACUGGUAGACUCGACUGCCGGUGUAGUGGGUGCAUGGGAGCUGUUCAAACAGAAGUAUCCGGGCCUAGAUGUCACUGCGGUUCUAAGUUCAUCCCAUGGUGUGCGUACAGUAGAAAACCUACGUAUACACUGCGGGAUUGAAGACCCGGAGGAACAAGAGAGAGAAGCGACGCGCUUCGAGAAUGCAAUUGUCUCUGAAUCCACCAAGAAUGGUCGUGAAGGCAUUAUCAUGCUGCCUGGCGUCCGCGAGAUUAUGCAGGAGCUAGAGCCAUUUGCGAAGCAUCCGAAUCCUAGAUGGGCGAUCUGUACUUCAGCCACAAGAACAUAUGCCAGUGCAGCGCUCAAGAAAGCUUCUAUUCCUGUUCCCGAUGCCUUUGUGGUCUCAGAGGAUGUCACCAAAGGCAAACCCGAACCUGAUCCAUACCUCCUGGGUGCCAAGAAGUGUGGAGUCGACCCUUCUCGUUGUUUGGUAGUCGAGGACGCUCCGGCGGGCGUACGAAGCGGAAAGGCAGCAGGUUGCAAGACACUGGCAUUGCUCACGUCACAUAGCCGUGCCCAAGUGGAGGCCGCUGCCCCAGACUUCAUCGUGAAGGACUUGUCAUGUGUCACAAUGAAGAAGACAGAAGACGGAGUAGAGGUCACAAUCAACACAGACAAUUAA